UUUAGAAACCUGUCGCAACAAAAUGGUUUAUAAAAUUGCUGUUGUAUGAUUUUUUUCUUUGCUUGUUUGGUCUGCCUGAAGCAUUUAUUUUGUCAAGAUAACCUGUAGCAGGAAGUGAAUAAACAAUAGACUUUAUCAGUCAGUUAAUUAGUAGCAUGAUAGGUUUACUUGGCUUUUUUAAUUACCCUGUUUUUUUUUAAACGGUUUUGGAAACUUCCAACGUUAGCCAAAUGGAUAUCAUAUUAAUUAUAAUUUGUAUAUUUAUUUUACUUUUUGCAUUUUUUAUGCUUUUUGCCGAUGCUGAUUUAACUCUUUUAUUUUACCAUACAUUUUAUUCGCCAAAAGAUUUUGGGAAGGAUGUUGUCUGGAUAACUGGAGCUUCAAGUGGCAUAGGGGAGUAUUUAGCUUACAGUCUUGUGAAGAGAAAUGCUAGGCUUGCAUUAUCUGGUGUUAAUGUUGAAAGACUGCAAAAUGUGAAAAAACAUUGUCUUGAAUUUUCCAAAUGUUCAGAAGAUGAUGUUUUAUUAGUUCCAUUUUCAAUUCAAGAUUUUGCACAACAUGAAGAAUGCGUUUCAAAAGUACUAGAACAUUUUGGUCAAAUUGAUAUUUUAAUUAAUAAUGCUGGGGUUUCUCAAAGAGCAGACUUUGGAACUACUGACAUUGAAGUUGAUAUAAAUUUGUUCAAUGUUAAUGUUUUUGGAGCUGUUAAUCUCACAAGAAAAGUGCUGAAACACUUUUUAGAGCGGAAAAAAGGUCACAUAGUAGCUACCAGUAGUAUGGCUGGAAAAAUUGGAGCACCAUAUUCUUCUGCUUAUACUGGGUCAAAACAUGCAAUGCAUGGCUAUUUUGAAUGUUUGAGGACUGAACUGAUUCAUGAAAAUAUACAGGUUACUAUAGCUUGUCCUGGGCCUGUAUUUUCACGUAUAACUGACAGAUGUGUUACCGGGAAAGUAGGAGAAGUAUAUGGUCAUGUACAACAGUCUUCUGACAAGAAAAUGAAAACGGAACGUUGUAGUGAGUUGAUGGUCACAGCAAUUGCAAACAAAUUAGAUGAAUGUUGGAUUACUUUUCAACCUCUGUUAGUAGUGCUCUAUUUGGCUCAAUACAUUCCGUCCUUUUAUAGAAAUUUCAUUUUGAAAAGGGCAUUCAGCAAAGAACGUGUUAUGAAAAUGCGUCAAGGUCGUUAAAUCUUGGAAUUGACUAUUGAGUUAAUGGAUCAAGUUGCUGAAUUUUGUUAUUGCUGAUAUUAAUUUUUAUAUGCUUUAAUCUUUUCUUAAUAUACUUUUCAUUAAUGGUGCUAUUGGCUCUUGUUAUAACAUAUCUUUUUGUACUUUCUCACUCUUUUUAAAUAAAUAUAUUUUCUGUAAAAA